AUGGCUGACAAGAACGAGACCAAGCCUCCGACUGCGGCCCCCAUCACCGUCACGGCCGUGGAAGAGGGUGACAACCACCUGAGUUCCUGGCGCCUGACUAUAGUUAUCGGUAGCCUGUGUCUCGGUAUCUUCCUUUUCGGGCUCGAUGUCAACAUCAUCGGCGUCGCCAUCCCGCCCAUCACGACCGAAUUCCGUUCACUUCCCGACGUCGCCUGGUACGGCUCCGCCUACCUCCUAACCCUCACUGCCUUCCAGCCUUUCUUCGGUAACCUCUACAAGUUUUUCAACGCCAAGGUCGUUUACCUGUCCUCGCUCGUCAUCUUCGAAGCUGGGUCUGCAAUAUGCGCGGCAGCGCAGAGUUCUGCCGUCCUCAUCUUUGGACGCGCAUUCCUUGGUCUCGGGGCCGCUGGGCUGCUCCAGGGAGCCCUCGCCAUCAUCGGAUAUGCCGUGACCGUGGACCGUGUGCCUCUAUUCCAAAGCAUCGUGGUCAGCUCGCUGGUCAUAAGCGUAACCUUCGGACCAGUGAUAGGUGGUGCUCUCACGGAGUAUGUGAAUUGGCGUACCAAUGUGCCAGCCGGCGCUGUGGUGAUGAUUAUCGUCUUCUUCUUUGUGCCCGUUGCGAAGUCCGCGAACAGUGCCAAUCAAAGCCUGCCCAUACGGGAGAAACUCCGUCGUAUGGAUACUCCUGGUCUCAUCCUAUUUUUGGGUGGAAUAACUUCGCUCCUGCUUGCAUUAACUUGGGGUGGUCAGACGUACCCCUGGCGUGAUAGCAGAAUUAUCGGCCUGUUCGUUGGAUUCGGGCUUAUCACUAUACUUUUCUGCUACUGGCUUGUACGACAGGGAGAUCUAGCCCUGAUUCCCUUGAGAGUCCUAAAGAAACGCUCGAUAUAUAUGGGAUCUAUUACUCUAACUGGCUUUGGUACACUCAACGUGGUUUAUGGAUACUAUCUCCCCAUACUCUUUCAAUCCGCACAAGGGGUGUCUACCACCGAAAGUGGACUACGAUAUAUCGCCCUCGUUGGUCCGCAGAUCGUUGCUUUGAUCAUUGUUGGAUCCCUCGUGUCGAAGUGGGGCUAUUAUGCUGGUAGCCUUCCCGCAAUUCUCGUUCCUUACAUGAUAGCUGGUAGCAUCAUAUGUAGCAUCGGUGCCGGUCUUCUAACCACUGUCAACCUCUCCACGUCGACGCCGAAAUGGGCCGCAUACCUAGUCCUUACGGGACUGGGUCUUGGCAUGGGCGGACAGCUUCCCUAUACGGCGCUACAGGCCGUUUUAGAUCCCGAAGAUGUAGCAACGGGGAAUGCAAUCGCCGUUUUCUCCUUUCAUCUUGCUGGCUCGGUUGGCACCGCGAUCGGCCAGAGCCUUCUGAUAGACGGUCUUUACUCCGCAGUUCCAAAGUAUACACAGGUCGUUUCUGCGUCCGACGUUGUCCAAAUCGGUGCGACAGGUUUGGCUUUGGUUGCAACCUCUCCUGAAGUCCUGCAUGCUCUACGAUCGGCUUAUGUCGAGGCGGUCCGACGGACAAUCAUCCUGGGCCUGGCUGGCACACUGCUAGCAGUUCCAUCAUCCUGUGCCAUGGAGUGGGUGAAUAUAAAGCGUGUGGCAGAAGAAAGGGAUCGCAACCGAAGAUUGGAAAAUGGCUCUACGGAAAUCUCAGCUUCAAACGUUUCGGAAACAAAAUCUAGCCACUGAACAGAUGCAGUUAAUAUUUUGGUACGGCCACGGCACUUAAUUCAUUCCUUGUCCCCCUUCC